AUGUGUGGCUCACGCAGAAGACUGGACUCUAAAACAGAAGAAACAGUGGCGGAUUGUGUGGUCGUCGGAGACAGCGUAGAACGGCGAGGUGCCGGAAAAUUGUGUAGUGCAGUGGUUGGCUCAGAAAGAGUGGAAGGAAUAGUGAAUGAAGGACUGAAAACAAGUAGUGAUGGUAGUGGUGGUGCUCCACUUGAUAAUGGAGGGGAUGGUGGUGUUGAUAGUGGUGCAUUUGAUGGAGGAGCAGGUGGUUCUCCACUUGAUGAAGGAACUGCUGGUGUUGGUGGAGGAAGUUGUGGUAUAGGUGGUGCUCCACUUGAUGAAGGAAAUAGUGGUGGUGGUGUUUCAAGUAAUUCAUUUAAUGGAGAAGAAUGUAGUGGUGGCGGUAGAGCCCUACUUGAAAUGGGCGGUGGCGGUGGUGGACAUGCAAGGAUGAUGGUGGUAAAGGUGGUGGAAUUAGUGGGGAUCGGCAAGGGAAGAUACCGUGGAUCUUCUUGUGUAGAAGGAAUAUGGAGAGGGGAAGGUGGAGGAAUUGUUGGAACUCCAUAUUUUGAAAAAGGUGGUGGUGGUGGAGGAGGAGGAGGUGGUGGUGUUAAUGAUGAUGCUGGUGAAUUAGAAAGGGAGACUACAUUUGAUAAUUCUCCAACUACGGUUACGGAUGAAUAA